GCCACUGGGUCACAUCCGGCCGUUUGCCCGCCGACAUGGACGUGGAACAACUACGUUACUGGCUUUACACGAAGGCAGACCCCCGCACGCGGGACUGGUACCCCGUGGGGGACCCCGUCUUCAUCACUACCGUCGUCGGCGGAUACUUCCUCUUCAUCUAUGUGAUUGGGCCUCAGUUGAUGGCAUCACGGAAGCCUCUUCCCCUCGUACCCCUCAUCAAGAUCUACAAUAUCUUCAUGGUGGUGGCCAACGCAUUUUUCUGCUACCAGUUCCUGGCCAACUCGUACCUCUUCGGCAACUACAAUCUCGUCUGUCAGGGAAUGUCGUACUCGACGGACGAACGAAGUCUCAACAUUGUGUACUACGGCUACUUCUACUUCUUUGUGCGCGUGCUAGACUUCUUGGACACCAUUUUCUUUGUGCUGCGUAAAAAGUUUGACCACAUAACGCGGCAGCACGUAUCUCAUCAUUCGCUGGUCGUCCUCAACGGAUGGCUUUUCCUGACACUGGGCUGUGAUGGGCAGACGCUGUUCGGUGUCUGCCUCAACACACUCAUUCACGUCGUCAUGUACUCCUACUACUUCCUCGCUGCCUGUGGCCCGGAAUACAGGAAGUACAUCUGGUGGAAGAAGCACCUGACGACGGCGCAAAUCGUGCAGCACAUUCUCAUAAUCGGACACGGCUUUAUUACGCUCUUCUACGAUUGCGGCUAUCCACGUUUUCUACUAUACGUCGCCAUGCCGCAAGGCAUGCUGGGCCUGGCGUUGUUCAUCAAUUUCUACUUCUUUGAAUACAAGAGGAAGAGCAUGACGGAAGCUCUGGGUGUAUGCAUGCUCAAGAGGGACUAAAAUCUAGUCAACGCCGAAGUACGGAAGCGUUAUCAUGUCCAACGGGUUUGUAUCAUAAAAUCGCAUCAGAUAGGUAGAUUCUCGUUCGCAGCGGGAAGUGUUUUCAUAUCCGUGCAUUUAUCGCGGUGAUCGACCUACUUGCAUGCCAAACUUUUCCCCCUUGUUGUUGUGUAUUUCACUUUCCUCAUUGUUGUCGUUUGUAGCAAUUGGCUACUCACGAAAUAUAGUAAUCCGGCAACGCGCAUAGGGAUUGUCCUAUUUUGCUCGCACUGAGUACGUUGGCCGGUUUUCUACAGGACGGCUGCUUCGGUUGAUUAAAUUUCUUUCUCACACUUGCGUAGCUCCAAAACUGAAGCGACGAAAAGAAAGCGGGAAAAUGAGUAUACUUUCAACUAAAGCGCAUUUGUGUGGUGCGUGCUUCAUCCAUGGGAUAAACAGUCAUGUAUCUGUAGCUCAGUUGACCGGAAAACUUGUUAUCUGUCCAAAAAUCUUUGGAACGGUUCCGAUAUCAUUAGAACUGCAUUGAAUUAUCUGGAAUGCAGCAGGAAUCCGUAAACUGCAUUCCAAAUGCCCUCUAUAGCUGUUUUGACAACAUUAUCAACGUCUCGUUAGCUUGAACUUUGCACAACUGGGCUUCUCAUGAGUCAAAGGUGUGA